CGUCACCUCCGUCCUCUCUCUCUCUCUCUCUCUCUCUCUCUCUUGCUCACUCCACCCGCCGUUCCUCGGAGAACUCAUUGCCGCCACACCCUUCUUCAGUUGGGCUCACCUCCGCCGCCACCGUCUUUGUCUCGCUUGUUCGGUCACCGGGACCGGCGAAGGUCAUCGUUGCUUAGGCUUGAAAAGUCGAGACUUUUUCCAUCAAUGACCAUCGAGUGCCUCAUUCUUGGAGCAGGGCAGGAAGUAGGGAAGAGCUGUGUAGUUGUGAAGGUUGGUGGAAAAAGCAUCAUGUUUGACUGUGGCAUGCACAUGGGCUACCUAGAUCACCGCCGUUACCCUGAUUUCUCCCUCAUAUCUCAAUCUGGUGAUUUCAGCUCUGUGAUAUCCUGCAUUGUUAUCACCCACUUCCAUUUGGACCAUGUUGGAGCCCUUCCUUACUUCACAGAAGUUUGUGGAUAUAAUGGCCCAAUUUUUAUGACAUAUCCAACAAAAGCUUUGGCCCCUUUAAUGUUGGAGGAUUACAGGAAGGUGAUGGUAGAACGAAGAGGAGAGGAUGAACAGUUCUCCUAUGAGCAUAUUAUCAAAUGUAUGAAGAAAGUUACAGCAUUGGACUUGAAGCAAACAGUAAAUGUUGAUAAAGAUCUUCAGAUCCGUGCCUACUAUGCAGGUCAUGUUCUUGGAGCUGCAAUGAUUUAUGCAAAAGUUGGAGAUAGCACAAUGGUCUAUACUGGUGAUUAUAAUAUGACACCUGAUCGACAUCUUGGAGCAGCUCAAAUUGAACGUUUACAGCUAGAUCUUCUCAUAACAGAGUCAACUUAUGCUACAACAAUUCGUGAUUCUAAGUAUGCUCGAGAAACAGAGUUUCUCAAAGUUGUUCAUAACUGCAUUGCUCGUGGAGGGAAAGUUCUGAUUCCCACAUUUGCUUUAGGGAGAGCGCAGGAACUUUGUUUAUUGUUGGAUGAAUACUGGGAAAGGAUGAAUUUGAAGGUUCCCAUUUACUUCUCUGCUGGUUUGACAAUUCAAGCUAAUAUGUAUUACAAAAUGCUUAUCAGUUGGACUAGUCAAAAGAUCAAAGACACUUAUGCUACUCACAAUGCUUUUGACUUUAAACAUGUGCGCCCAUUUGAGCGGUCUUUUAUAAAUGCAUCUGGACCUUGUGUCCUCUUUGCGACACCUGGGAUGAUAAGUGGUGGCUUUUCGCUCGAGGUAUUCAAGCAAUGGGCCCCAGCAGAAAUCAACCUUGUUACACUUCCAGGGUACUGUGUUGCUGGAACAAUAGGGCACAAGUUGAUGUCAGGUAAACCUACCAGAAUUGACUUGGACAAAGAUACCCACAUUGAUGUCCGCUGCCAGAUUCAUCAACUGUCAUUUAGUCCACAUACAGAUGCCAAAGGGAUUAUGGAUCUUGUUGGCCUUCUAUCUCCACAGCAUGUUAUACUUGUCCAUGGAGAGAAGCCAAAGAUGGCUUUGCUAAGAGGAAGAAUUCAAACUGAAUUGGGUAUUCAGUGUUAUGAUCCUGCAAACAAUGAGACGGUGUCGAUACCAACAAAUCGAACUGUCAAAAUUGAUGCAACAAAAGCAUUUAUCAAAAGUUAUUCUGUGACUAAUUUUGAUGUCUUGAGUACUCGUUUGGUGGGCUUUACAGAUUCAAAUCAUGCAGACGUUGAAAUUCUUCCAACAUUGGGUGAAAAGAAGGCAGCUGAAGGCAUCCUACUAAUGGACAAAACAAAAAGGGCCAAAAUUGUAUGUGAAAAUGAGCUUUUGCUGAAUUUGGGUGUGGAAGAGCAUAGUCUGAGAUUAGCUUACUGUUGCCCUGUACAUAUGGAUUGCCUUGAACAAACAUCUUAUCAAUCAACAAGUGGAUCCUCAAUAGGCUUUGAGAAAGGGAAUUCCUCCCCUGCAGCCGCAACAUCACCAGAAUGUCAGCCAGAGAGAAGCACAUGUAUUUUGGGAAAAUGUUCCUUGCUUACGACAUUGCUGAGGAGAUUGGAAUCUCAAAUUUGGUGCAAGAAUAUUGAAGAGAAUCCUAACUAUCUCAAGCUAAAGUCGAUCAAAAUACAUUCUUGUUCGAAGAAUACUUGUCCUUAUAGGACUAAAGAUGAAAGUGGCGGCAGGUUCACGCUAUAUUUCUGUUGUAGCUGGUCACCAGUCGAUCAAGACCUGGCCUGGAAGCUGAUCACUAUCAUGAAAGGUACAAAUACAAGCUUGGUUCAAGACACCUGCACAAUGGAGGAAGAGAUGCCUAAAAAUUAGUACCAUGCACAUGGAGUUCAUUAUAAAGAAGUGCCAAUUGACAAAUAAAGCUGUGUUGGCAUUGUUUAAAAACAGCAGAAUUCUUGAGGUUUGACUAAAUUAUAUUCUGGAGUCUGACGCGGAGAUGAAGUUUGUUUUUAUUCUUCUCCUGGAAAAGUCAUACAGUUUUCACAGUAGGUACAAUUUUUAUGGAAGUUUCUAUGGACAAUGUGAGGUACUAAACUUAUCACCUUUUUUACUGGCUUUGCAUGCGCUUCAAAGUAUUGCAAAGAAAGCUAAAAGGGAUUGAUGGAUAUAUAUAUAUGACAAAAGAGCUAACAAGCUAGAAAGAGAGACUAGAAACACAAACUUCACCACAGAAUGAUGGAUAUUUGGUCUUGCUCUUUGGGUUGCGUUGCAGGAAUACGAAAAGGGAUGACGGCAGCUAAGAAUGUGAUGCUGCAUAUCCACCAUUACUAGACUCCUCAUCAAAUUUCACAAACAAUGUGGACCAGUUCCAUGCUAAGUGGGACCAUUCAAAUUUUGAUAAGAUUGAAGGAUACUCUCUGGGAAGAAGCUGUCGCGCCAUGAACGAUCGAGAUCUGUGGAGUCAGUUUGGAAUGCAUCAGAACACGCAUUAGGUAGAGUGUGCAACGCACGUUUUAGUGUUCUUAAAUCUUUGACAAAAACCUCAUGGAACGGAUGUUGGUAACGGUACAAGUGUUCUCUUUAUUGUAAUGCAGGCAUUAUCAGUAGCUAUGCAAAAUGCCAUGCAAAAUGUUUUUAUGUAGGCAUUGUUAUGCUCUCUUUAUUUUCGAAAUUUUUAAUAAAUUAGUUUAUAAAUCAUAAAAAUA